GUUGUCUCCACAUAUUUCAGUUUCCGUUGUGAUGUGGUACAUGAGCAUUCAUCAACACCAAGCAGUCAUUUGAGUGAAAACCUGUUGAGUGAAGACCAGGUUAGAAUUAAAUGAUUUUGUAUAACUUAAACAAUGAGUUUGUUGCUACCAUUAUUAAUAUUGUCACUAAUAAACUAAUCUUAUGCUAAACCCCCUGCAAAUGGAUGCAACAUUGUUUGCCAACAGCUCCCAACAUUGUUGGAUGUUACAUGUUUUGUCCAAUUGCACACCCUGUUGCAUGUUGUUGGGAAUUGUUGUUCAAAGUUUGAAACCAGUCAAACCUUUAGCUAACUGCAAAUGGAUGCAACAACUGUUAAGAGUUGUUGGCCAAAAAUGUUGCGCCCAUUUUGCCAGGGCUUGAAAGUUGUAAUACUUUGUACAGACACAUAGUCCACAUACUUGUAGUUAUUUUAAGCUACACUUACUCAUUUGAUCACAUUUCUUUCUUAUUUCUUUCCUACCUUUCUUCCUUCCUUCUUUCUUUCUCUUAUUCAUUCAUUCAUUCCUUUUUUCAUUCAUCUGUUUGCCUGUUGGUUUGUUUGUCCCUUCAUUUGUUCAUUCAUUCAUUCAUUCAUUUAUUCAUUGUCAUUGUUUCUCCUCAGACUCUUUCUGAAUGUCUAUAUUCCUUUUUCUUUCCUUUUUUACUUUUUCUUCCUUUCUAUUCUUGUUGCUACUUUUUUUCUUUUUGUGUCUGUUUUUCUUUCUUUGUUCUUUCCUUUUCUUUUUGUUUGUUUGUUUCUUAAUUAUUUGUUUGUUUUCAAUCCUUUCUCAGGUACUCUGGUUGGAGCAACAGACCUUAAAAUCUUAUCAGUUAUAUUCUAACCUCAAUGUGCAGUUUGAUGAUCCAAGCAUCGGUUUGCAGUGGUACAUAGUAAGUUAUAGAAGUCAU